CAUGUUUCAAAAUGGUCAACUGAUCCGUUCGUUUUGCACCCUCAUUCGUUGGAAACGGACAACUCAAAUCCACAAUCAAUCAUUGCUGCAGUACUGGCAUAUCCAUCUAUUCUUGUGAGGCUGAGCAAGGCAAGAGAAAGCAAGAUGAGAAAAUUCGAGACAUACCGCGUAGCAGCGCCCCAGGAAGACGAGAACUUGCAGGAGUCCACUUGGGGCUGCUCGUUCUGGUCUCUGUUUGACCGAAACGAAAAGGAAAUCGUCCCAGUUCCCUCCGAAGACGCGUACAGCUUUCCCGAGUGCGACUACGAUCAGAACCCCACCAACUUGUACAAACAGAUUGAAGCCAAGAACUGGAAGGGAGUCAACCAUUAUCUAUUGACAGGGUACUGGAGUGGUAGUUUCUUUGCGGACGGCACGCCUCCCCGAGAGCAGGCUUGUACGUGGGUCACCAAAUAUGAUCUACAAGUGACCACUAAGAAACGAAAGGUGGUAUGGACACAUUUGCCCAUUCAUGCCGCCAUUACGCAUGGAGCACCCGAAGGCACCAUCUCCAUUAUGGUCAAGAUCGCCCCACCGACGUUGCGAUGUGCCGAUGAGAAUCGAAUGCUACCGUUGCACUUGGCGUUCCGACGUGGAUGUCCCGACGCGAUGAUUGCCACCAUUAUGAGUGUCUUCCCCGAAGGAUGUGCCGUCCGUGAUCAACUGGGACGCACUCCCGCUGAAUGUGCUGCCGAGGGACCCAACAAGAAUCGUGGUACCAUUAUUCAGACGGUGCUCCACUACAACCAACGUGCAUGGGAAAAGAAAGCGGCCAAGAUACAGGAAGAUCAAUUGAGGAACGUUCGAAGUUCCCUUCUCAACCGUAACGAACGCAUCGAUCACCUCAAGACUGCCUUGAAAUUGAUUCGGUCUCGUGAAGACCAGACGCGCGAUUCCUUUGCCUUGAUUGUGGCAGAGCUCCGAAAGAUCAAAAUGUGGUACGAUGAAAACGAGAGGAACCUGUGUUCAGAAGAGGAAGAAUUGAGGAGAAAGGUGGUGCAAGCAUUGUCUGCCAAGCUGACCUAUCUCGGAGCUACCGCAGAAGAAAUGCGCACGCAAAUGAAGAAGAAUCAACGAUCAUCGGAAAAAUCACUCGCGGACCUGAAUGCAAUCUGUGGUGCAGGUUCCGAUCUUUCCGACAUGGCGUUUCGCAACUUUGACGAACUCAUGAAGGUUGAUAGCAUCAGGAAGGUGGAGCUGAUGGCCAGCGACGAAUCGAGCGAAGCUACCGAGGAUCAGGAACGCUCCCUUGGGGCAAGUGUGGCCAAGUCACCGUCACUGCUUACCGAUGCCGACAAGUCUAAGGCAUUGUCCAAGACGUUAUCCAAACAGAGCCUGCACAAAGCGCAAGAGUCCGAACUCAAGAAGCUGCUUCGUGAGAAGGAGCAAGAAGAUCUCAAGUUUGUCGAUGCCGCCAUUGAAACAGCAAGAAAGGUCGCCCAUGAGACCGAGGAUGAGAAGAAAGAAGAAGUCCCACACGUUGUAUCGGCCCCAACGACGACGGAGGGAGGUGCUGCUCCUACUGAUGUUGGCAUUGACAGAGUCAUCUCGGAGAUGACCUCCUAUGACAUGUCGGAAGCCGGAUCCUACCUCAGUUCCAAAGUAAGGUCGUUCCGAAAGAGUCUCAAGACCAUUUCCAAGGGCAAUGAUUCCGCCAAGAAGUCCAAGAAGGCUGCUGAUGCCAGCAAACUUCCACCCAAGCCCCCAUCACUAAGGCUGAUUGGAACACCGGCAAGCAAAACGAUAGAAAAGAUCGAGAAAGGAAGAAGGGCUUUGGAGAAGGAACUCGAGAAGCAACAGAAAGAAAAGUCAUCUGGGGUCAAGGUCUCCCCGGCAGCACUCCUCUAACUAGAGACAGGGUGCGAUCUUUGCCAGCUGUCCUGACUUUUAGAAGAGGAGAGGAGGGGAAUGGCAGCCAGGAGCAACGUACUAGUAGCCGACCGAGCCAGCUAGCGACGGAAAAGGAGCAAAAUACAUGGGUGCAUAAACACUAGUAAGAUAAAUAGUAAAUGCAACUUCUAGUU